AAGAAGAAGAAGAAGUUUCUAUCAGGGGGAGUUGGCAACACUGGUCCUGCCCGAACCGAGAGUCGCUCUCCGGAUGGUGAGGGCGCUCCAGCUCCAGCUUUGGAUUUAAAACACUCUCACCGACUCCCGCAUGACCGCCGCGUUAUUGCGUUAAAGUCUAGGCAGAGCAGUCCGUGGCUGGACGGUUUCGCCGUGGUUGAGCUAUGACUUCCCUGACUCAGAGAAGUUCGGGCCUGGUGCAGAGGCGGACCGAAGCAUCGCGCAGCGCCGCCGACAAAGACCGUACGCUGGGUGAGGAGGACCACGAUGAACCCCGGCGAGGAGACGAGAUGGAUGGGGACGAGACCGGAGACUCCAAAGAGACGCGGCUCACCCUGAUGGAAGAAGUGUUGCUGCUGGGGCUGAAAGACAGAGAGGGCUACACCUCGUUCUGGAAUGACUGCAUAUCAUCAGGGCUGCGAGGGUGCAUGCUGAUUGAAUUAGCCCUCCGGGGACGCCUUCAGCUGGAAACGGGUGGUUUUAGGAGGAAGAGUUUGCUGGCCAGGAAGGUGAUUUGUAAGUCAGAUGCUCCAACAGGUGAUGUUCUUCUGGAUGAGGCUUUAAAGCACAUCAAAGACACCCAGCCACCGGAGACGGUGCAGAGCUGGGUAGAAUUGCUGAGUGGAGAGACGUGGAACCCCUUAAAGCUGCAUUACCAGCUGAGGAACGUCCGAGAACGUUUGGCCAAGAACUUGGUGGAAAAAGGAGUCCUCACAACAGAGAAACAGAAUUUCCUGCUCUUUGAUAUGACCACACAUCCUCUGACCAACAACAACAUUAAGCAGCGGCUCAUCAAAAAGGUUCAGGAGGCUGUUCUAGACAAGUGGGUGAAUGACCCUCAGCGGAUGGACAAGAGGCUGCUUGCACUAAUUUUCUUAGCCCAUUCCUCUGAUGUUCUGGAGAACGCGUUUGCCCCCCUGCUAGAUGACCAGUAUGACCUGGCCAUGAAGAGAGUACGGCAGCUGCUGGAUCUUGAGCCGGAGGGGGAGAGCAUAAAGGCCAACGCUAAUGAGCUUUUAUGGGCCGUCAUCGCUGCUUUUACUAAGUGAGACUACAGAACCCAGCAGCAGCCACUUUGGUGGGACUUUAAACGUACUAUGGUGCAGGAACCAGAGAGCCAAGUCCAGUAUGACUCCUGCCUGGAUGUGUGAAAUGGCCCACUCUAUAUUUUUAUUAUUACUUUUGCCUUUACUCGUUUCUUUUGCUUCAACAUAAGUCCUCAUCGACCAUGACUGGCUCACUUGAUUCGGUUUUAUUGUUCACUGUUGGAUUUCUGUCAGCUCCUGAAAGCUGGACUGAAACCAGACAAGAAAUUGAGAUGUUUGCUUUUUUGUUUGUCUUUGAAACCGUUGCUUACUGCCACAUGUGUCAGUGUUGGUCUACAUAUCUAAAAGAGCAAUUAUCAAUGUGCAUUAACGUGCAAGUGCAGUGAUCUUGUGAGGGAGGGAAAGCUGAAUGCAGAUGAGACCAAAUGUGAUUGGCACCACAAACAUUUACAGUUCAAUCGGUGAAUUCCUGAAACACGGAGGAAACUUGUGUGAUGAAAUCCAAAGGUCUGAGUGCUACAGCUGUGAGCCAACACGAGGAACUAAUGUUCAUGUUUUAGCCCCCAUAACAGACUAUGCAUACAUGUUGCUGCUCGUCCUGUGAGGCAACACAGGAACGGCUCCGAGGAAGCCUGGACGUCACCUAUAAACGAGUCGUUUCACCCACAGGCGUAGAGCUGCUUCUGCUCCCCUGCAGAUAGGAAGCAGAACUCAAAAAGAUUUUGUAGAGAAACGUUAUUUUUUACCUUUGAAUUCAGGAUAACUUUACAUGUACAUAAAAGCUGUACACAGUUCUGAGGAGGACGGGGUUAUAACGACCAUAAUUAAGAGCAAGUUGCUGUGUGUGAAGGUUUAUAGAUUUUGUGCUGAGAGGAAAAGGUGUUCCGUGGUCUAGUUGUGGAAGGACUGGUGAAAGGGUGUGUGUGUGUGUGUGUGUGUGUGUGUGUGUAGUCUAGCUCGAAUCUAAACAAAGUGAUGGAAGAAAGUGGACAUGUGUUCCUGACCAGGAUAGGUCCUACGAAGCGGUCACAGACAGCCCAUUCUUUAGGACGUGACUGUUGUUCACAUACAUUAAGGCUGGCACUGCGGGACCACAGGAGGCGGGGCUUAUUCCUCAGCGGCUCUGGCGUUUGAUGCACCACUAAAGUGUGUCACACAGUUGCUGUUUUCCAUUCUUCAGCCAGCUCUCGAGCUUACACACACUGACCCUUACAGCUCUGUGACUACCUCUGGGGCGACGGUGGCACAGGAGUUAAGUGCUCGCCCCGUAAUCGGAAGGUUGCUGGUUCGAGUCCCGCUCAGUCUGUCGCUGUCGUUGUGUCCUUGGGCAAGACACUUAACCCACGUUGCCUGCUGGUGGUGGUCGGAGGGACUGGUGGCGCCAGUGCUCGGCAGCCUCGCCUCUGUCAGUGCGCCCCAGGGCAGCUGUGGCUACAUUGUAGCUCAUCCCCACCAGUGUGUGAAUGGGUGAAUGACUGAUUGUGUUGUAAAGCGCCUUGGGGGGUUUCAGGACUCUAGAAGGCGCUAUAUCAAAUACAGGCCAUUUACCAUUUACCAUUUACCUCGCUUGUUGGCUCAGUAGCGUGAACAGCAUCAGGUUAGCUUCAACCCACCGAGUCGCCUUGGCUUUUACAUGAAUCACUUCAGGUGGCUGUGCGCGUGUGUGUUGAAAUCCAAACACUUUGAGUUGAUGAAUGAGAUGUUUGCCUUCCUCAGGGUUGGAAAGCAGACUGAAAAAAGUUGCCCAUAGUCAACACUGACUGUGACAAAAUUCAAGCUGCUUUUUAAAUCGUUUCUGUGUGAUCCAUUCCUAACUUGUACGAUUUUCUUUGGCUGUAAUUCACAUGAGCAAAAUAAAUUAAUAACAGCUUAGGUGAGAGAAGGAAAAUGUAAUUCAGUUCAUUCUGUUAUGUUUUUGUGCAGAUUUCUGAACCAUAAUAAAAUAUUAAUUUCAAAGGAA